AUGGGCUGGGAGCAGAAAUUCGACGGCGUGAACAAGCGCCCAGCCGAAUUGCCGAGCCAGCUGUCGCAAGUUCUGGCCCAGAAAUUACGCUGGAAGAACGGGGCCAAUUGUCGCUGGAACUUUCAGUUGCUGUUGUGUUGGAGGCAGAAAACAGACCUCUCCUUCGCCGGAUCGCCGUGGGCCACGAGUUUGACACAAGGACGCUCUCCCCGUCUGAUUUCCGGGAUCUGCAGGGUCUGCUUCCUUUGUUCACCAUGGCGUCGUCGCGUGGCACCAUCGUCCUCUCCGGUAGGCAUUGAGUACUGCUGA